AUGCCGCGAUCGAAGCUGGCCACGCUCGGCAAAGCACAGGCGGCACUGAGCCGUCGCGGACGCGAGACCUUCUCCUUCCGCUUCGACGUCGAGAUUGGUAACGUCGCAGGCCUCGAGGCGCUCGAGGGCUCCGCAGUCGCAAUAGCGCGCGCCACCAAAGUGGUGACCACCCGCGCGCUUCCCGUCGGCGGCGGCGGCGUGGUCGCCUUUGGGCAGAGCCUCUCGACGGUGGCGACGCUCUAUGCGUCCAAGAAGCUGUCUCGCUCCUUCUCGGAGAAGAACUUUCGCCUCUCGCUCGUCGUCGCCGCGGGCGGAGCCAAAAAGAAGGAGCUCGCCCACGCCGACGUCAACCUCGCCGGCCUCGCGACGCGGGGCGGCCCGCCGGCAAGAACAGAGCAGCUUGUGCGGCUCGGGUCCAAGGCGGUGCCCGCGGCGACGUGUGAGAUGGUGGUGGUGGCGACCCAGCUGGCGCAGCUCGACGACGACGAGAUCUCGAUCACCUCGGCGAUGCCCGGCUGCUCCUCCGCCGCCUCGAGCGCCUCGAGCCGGACGUGGGGCAGAGGCGCCGACUCAGAGCAGGCGCACCCCUCUAGCAGCGGAGCUCGCCCUCGCACCGCGCGGCAUCGGAGGAGGAUGGAGGAGGAGGAGGAGGAGGAGUACGAGCGGCCGUUUGGGCUCUCGAGCCGGCUGUCGGAGGAGGAGACGCACGAGGGCGGCUGGAUCGACACGCCGCCAAAGCCGAGCGGUGGCGGGCCGGCGGCCACGCGAAGCCCGUUUGACGCGAAGCCAGAGGAGGAGGAGGAGGAGGAGGAGGAGGAGGCGCCUGCGCCGUCGGCCGAAGUGUCGCAGGCGCCGUUCCAGCGUGCCGUGGCGGCGGAGACAGACGGCGCCGCGCGACACUUCCAGGCGGAGGAGGGGGAGGGCUGCAGCCCGGAGGUUGCCACCUCGGGGUACAGCUCGUCCUCGUCCGCCCCGUGCGACGCCUCGUGGUCUCGCGACACGACGGCCGAGGACGAGCUGCACACGGCAAGGAGCGGCCAGGCCGAGGCAGAGGCGCAGCUCGCCGAGGCAGAGGCGCAGCUCGUCCAGCUGCGCGACGAGGCGAAGCAGACUGCGGACGGCUACACGGCGGCGGAGGCGGCGGCGGAGGAGGCGCGCGCGCGAGCGAGCGAGCUCGAGUUGCUGCUCGGCGAGGGCGGCGCCCCCGAGGCGAUGGAGCUGGCUGCGCUGCGCGCGUCGCUGCGCGAGGCGCAGGCCGAGGUUGCGAGGCUGUCCAGGGAGAGGGAGCAGCUGGGCGCCGAAAAGGCGGCGGCGGAGGCGGCGGCGGCGGCGGCGGCCGCGGAAGCAGCAGAGGAGGUCGCCGCGCUCCGAGUGUUUGGGGAGGAGCAGCAGGAGCUCGCACGGCGGGCGGCGGCGGAGAACGGCGUCGCCGCCUCUCUCGGCCGCGCCAAGGGCGAGAAGACGCCGCGCGAGCGGAUGGCUGAGGCGGAGGCGGACGCCACCGCCGCCUCGCUCCGGGCCGACAAGGCUGAGGCGGCGGCCGCAGCAGCAGUCGCGGCGGCUGCAGCAGCGGCCGCGGCGCAGGCGGUGGCCGAGGCGGCCGCGGCCGAGUCGAGCUCGCGCGCGGACGCCGCCGAGCGGAGGCAAGCCGAUGUGGAGGCGGAGUCGGCCGCCGCCGCCGCCACCGCGGCGGCGGCGGGGACGGCGGCAGGGACGGCGGCGGCGGCGGCGGCGGCGGCGGCGGCGGCGGCCGAGUCGCGAGCCUCUGCGGCCGAGAAGGAGAAGGAGGAGGCGGAGAGGCGGCUGAGCGCUCUGGCGGAGGCGGUGCAGCGCGCUGUUCGAGGUGGGGAGAGCGAGUCGGACGGCGGGGAGGGCGGCGGCGGGGAGGGAGCAGUCGAGCUGCGGGACGGCGAGCUGACUGAGCUUGUCAGCCGGCUGGAGGCGCUGUCGGCUGCGGCGGUCGUGGGCGCCGCCGACGUCCGCCACUGGCAGGCGGAGGCGGAGCGUGCGCAGGCGGAGGCGGAGCGUGCGCAGGCGGAGGCGGAGCGUGCGCAGGCGGAGGCGGAGGAGCAACGGGAGCGAGCCGCGACGGCCGAGGCGGCAGCUGACUCCGCAGCGGCCGGGGCCGCGGCCGGGGCGGCGGCUGGGGCGGCGGCCGAGGCGGCGGCCGCCGAGGCGGCUGCGGCGAAGGAGGCGGCCGAGGUGGCUGCAGCGGAAGCGGCGGAGGCGGCGGAGGCGGCCCUGGAGGAGGCGGCCGCAGAGGCGGCGGAGGAGCGGCGAAGGGCGGAGGCGGCGGAGGCGGCGCUGGAGGAGGCGGAGGCUGCGCUGGUGGCGGCGCAGGCGGCGCAGGCGGCGCAGGCGGCGCAGGCGGCGCAGGCGGCGCAGGCGGCGCAGGCGGAGGAAGCAGCACAGGCGAGGCAACCGGCGGCGCAGCCGGCAGAGGCUUCGCGGGAGGAGGCGGCUGCAGAGGCUGCUGCGAGCGGGGAGGAGACGCUUUCCCCUCCGCGCGGGGUCCGUGGUCUCUCCGACCUCGCGGCGCGGCUCGAGCAGGCGGGCGGGCUCGACGACGCGUCCAACUCCGAGGGGGAGGAGGGCGCGUCGGAGGGGGGCGACACGGCGGACGAGGAGGAGUCCGCGGACGGGGAGGAGGGCGGGCGGGGGGGCGGCGCUGCUGGGGCGGGGCGCAGCGGGGCGGACUUCCUCACAAAGGCCACCGACGAUUUGUGGGCGGCUGCCGUCAUCAGCCGCGCCGCUCGCAACUGGCUGAUUGGGUUCCGCCGCCGGCUGGCCGAGGCGCUGGUGAUGGCCAAGCUGCGGAUUGCGGAGCUCGAGUUCGAGGCGGACGAGGCGCGAGGAAAGUCGCGUCGGCUCGCGGCGCAGCUCGAGGCUGCGAGCAGCGCCGGCGGCGCCGAGGCGCUGCAGCGGACCAACCAGCUCGAGGCGGCGUUGGCCGAGGCGGAGGCGGACAACGCGAAGCUGCGGCGCGAUCGGCUGGCGAUGCUGACCAACGGAAAGGCGAGGAGCGGCUGAGCCUUGUUUCGCAUCGUUCGGGAGGCAGUGGCGUAUUUUGUCCAGACGCGCCCGUGCUGUGUGGGCCCCGGGCCGGGGUGUCGCGGGAUUCUCUCUUCACUUCUCUCUUCUCACGGCUCGUGACGACGCACCGGGUGCAGCACACCACGCCAAGCCGAGCGACCAUGUGCGCGCGCGCUGUGCACACCGCACUCAUCAUUCUCAUCUUGUGUAACACUUCUCGCAUGCGAAAUUGAAUGUUGAAAACG